AUGCUUUUCUCACCGCGGAUAGCCCUCAGAGGCGUCUCGGGUAUCCGCGCAUUCUCUACCUCUCCCAGACUCUUCCGCUCCGACCUCUCUUUCCAAGUCUUCGGACCGGAAAACCAACAGCCUACGCGCAACCCAAUCGUCUUCCUGCACGGCCUUUUCGGCUCAAAGCAGAAUAACAGGAGUAUCAGCCGGGCUCUUGCACGUGAUCUGAAGCGUGAGGUGUAUAUAGUGGACCUCCGCAACCACGGCAACUCCUUCCAUGAUCCCGAGCACCACUACCCCGUCAUGGCGGAUGAUGUGGCGGAGUUCAUACACGAACAGGGUUUGAGCAAGCCCGUCCUUAUCGGUCAUUCUAUGGGCGCCAAAGCCGCAAUGACAGUAGCCCUCAACGUCCCCGAGCUCGUAUCGGCCCUUAUCCCCGUCGACAACGCGCCUGUCAACGCACCCCUGCGCACUGACUUCGGCAAGUACAUCAAGGGCAUGCAGCAUAUCGAGUCGGCGAACGUAACGAAGCAGUCUGACGCGGACAAGAUCCUCCAGGAAUAUGAAGAAGCCCUCCCGAUCCGCCAGUUCCUCCUCACGAACCUGAUUCGCUCAGAGGACCAGACGAUGAAGUUCCGCGUCCCUCUCACAACGCUCGGCUCGUCGCUGCGCGCCAUGGGCGAGUUCCCGUUCUCGGAGCCCGGGAGCGUGAAGUAUGAGGGUCCUACGCUUGUUGUACGCGGCACGAAAAGCCCGUAUGUCUCUGAGGACACAUUCCCAGCCAUUAACGCCUUCUUCCCCAACUCGCGAGUUGCGGAUGUCGAGGCUGGGCAUUGGCUUAUUUCGGAGAACCCGGAGGCGUUUAGGAAGGCUGUUGUUGAGUUCUUGCAAGAGACGGAUUAG